AUGGGAUCAGUACGGGAGCAAUACUCCCAUAUGGGGCCAAACCUUCUCUUUUCUGUCAAAAACACCAGUCUGUCUUUCCGUGCAGCACUCCUUGAGCACAAAAACCCCGAUACCGUCCGCGGUGUCUUGGAACAGCUUCCGCUCAAUUCAUUCCUCACCAACACUGUGAUUGCUGGUGAGACGUUGCAGAUUGGAACCAAGAUAGUUUCACUUAAGGGUGCGCACAUGGUCGAGCGCGAACUUGGUGGCGUGUACUGCUACGCACCUGGAGCACAGAUCAACGUCUGCUAUGGAAAGGUUACUGAGACAGCAAAAGUCAACCAGUUUGCUCAGGUUUAUGCUGAGGAUCUUGACGAUUUGCGACUUGUCGGAAAGCUCGUUCGAGAGCAGACCAUGGCCAGCGCCAAUCGCAAAAUUGUUCGCAUCUCUGUCAGUUUGAUCGGCGGAACUACCGAGCCGGCCAUAAUUAAGCAGCCCGACGUCGCUUUGCCAAGCGAUCCAAAUCACUGGCGUGUCGUCAAGGCGGAAAUCGAGAAAUCCAUCGAAAAUAAUUGGCAUGACGAACCAGAUGAGAUUCGUUUAAUUCGGCUUGGCGUGGUUCAGAGCGGGGCAGGCACUGGGGGGAGCUCUUACCCGAUCCUCGUUCAUGACAAGGCUUAUUUGAUGGUGGAUGGCGGGGGCAUCUUAUUCCGCUGUCUCAAGCUGUCGACCAAUGAAAACAUUACAGUGGAAGUGUUGAAGACAAUCACCAACAGUAUUUUCUUCGAAACCUUUGAUCAUUUUGUUUUUUUCGGUGAUCUUGGACUUGAAACGUUGAAAAAUCUCGGCUCCAGAUACAAGGCGGCGCUUGACAGUGUCCACACCACGGACGAGUAUGUCGAACUGUCGGCGCCAUUGUUGCUCAUUUUCAACGUUUUCCAUCGUUGGAUCAAUCUCAUAUUUCCUUGGCAUCACGGUGCGGAAUACCCCCACUGCACAUUUGCAAACAUUGCUGAUGCAUCCAAACUCCCAACCUACGGAGACGAUGUCGCGAAGGCUUGA